AUGGCAUGUCCUUUUCUUGAAGACCCAGUUGAUGUCGAGGCGCAGAUACUCCGCAGAAAUCUCCGCAGAAAUCUCCGUCGGGAGAGGAUUAUUAGACCCCGAUUGGAUGUUUUAUCAUUUCCUGAUGAGUACCUAUUUGAGCGUUUCCGUUUCUCUGCAUCAUCAAUAAUUUAUUUAAACAAUAUUCUCAGCCCUCACCUCGUUCACAUGACACAUCAUGGACACACUCUCAGUUCCGAGCAAAUUCUUUGUGUUGCACUUCGUUUUUUUGCCAACGGCAGUUUUUUGUAUAACAUCGGUGAUGCACAGCAUGUGUCCAAGGCAACUGUCUGUCGGGCUGUCCGAAAUGUGACACUUGCACUGAAACGGCUACUAUACACGUUUGUAGUGUUCCCAAGUCACAGACCCACCAGACUUCUCAAAGAAGAGUUCCACAGAAUUGCAGGGUUUCCAGGUGUGAUUGGCUGCAUAGAUGGCACUCACAUUCCGAUCAUAGCUCCUUCAAUAAAUGAAGGAGAUUAUGUGAAUAAGAGAUCUGUCCACACUAUUAAUGUACAGAUCAUAUGUGAUGCAGCCCACAUGAUAAAAAAUGUGGAAGCAAAGUGGCCUGGGUCUGUGCAUGACUCACGAAUGUUUUGUGAGUCUACACUGAGUGCCAUUUUUGCCCGUGGAGAGUUCGAUGGUUACCUACUCGGAGACAGAGGGUACCCCUGCCAGCACUAUCUGCUGACCCCUUACCCUGACCCUGAGCCUGGCCCACAGCAGGCUCACUGCAGGACACGAGCCAGAGUGGAGAUAACCAUCGGGAUGCUCAAGGCCCGGUUCCAGUGCCUUCAUAGGCUCAGGGUCACCCCAGAAAGGGCUUGUGACAUUAUAAUGGCAUGUGUGGUUCUCCACAACAUUGCCACUAUUAGAGGAGAACAAUGUCCUACUCGUUCCCCUAAUGAUCCAGAUAGUAAUCCUGACCCCCCUGCUGAUGCACGAGAUGGAAGAGCUGUUAGAGACAUGAAAUGCUUCAAUCAUUUCUGA